AUGUCCACCCCCAGCGCUAUUGAGUUCGUUUCUCAUCAGGAAGAUGACAAUCAGUCACAUUCCUGGAUGAAGCCAGAUGGUGGUAAAGAUGGGUUGUCAUCGAUUGAUCGGCUGCAGUACUUUCUGCUGAAAGACGACGCAGACAAUCUGAGGAAGUACCUUGGUGGCUUCAAGAACGGGAAGAAGGUCAAGGUCAGCAAGACCAGAGUGAUCAACGACUGCUGCCAGUAUUUUGACAAGCAGGGUGUGAAGCGCACCAGCUCUCAAAUAAAAAGCAAGCUGACGUAUUUGAUAACCAAGCAAUAUCCUAUUGCAUUCAAAGCCUGA